AUGGAGUCCUGCUUCAGAUCUUCGUCGAAAAUCGCAGCUUCAACCAUUUUGCUGUUUUUCUUGUGUUCUUGCUUCAAAUUUACUUCAACAGAUGCAUAUGAUGCACUCGAUCCCAAUGGAAACAUCAUGGUUAAGUGGGAUAUAAUCAAUUGGACCCCUGAUGGUUAUGUUGCCAUUGUGACCAUAUUCAACUUCCAACAAUACCGUCACAUUCAAGCUCCCGGCUGGACUCUCGGUUGGACUUGGGCCAAAAAGGAGGUCAUUUGGGGCAUGAAGGGGGGUCAAACCACCGAACAAGGAGAUUGCUCGAGCUUCAAACAGAAUAUCCCACAUUGUUGUAAGAAAGAUCCAACGGUCGUGGAUCUUCUGCUUGGAACUCCUUACGAUCAACAGGUCGUGAAUUGUUGCAAAGGAGGCGUGAUCGGGUCGUGGGCCCAAGAUCCCGCCAACUCAGCCAGCUCGUUCCAGCUUAGCGUUGGUGAUGCCGGGACCUCGACUAAAACGGUUAGUUUGCCAAAGAACUUCACCAUGAGAGUCCCAGGGCCCGGGUACACUUGUGGGCCCGCGAAGAUUGUGAAGCCUUCCAAGUUCCAAUUUCGUUUCGUUAGAUGGGAGACGAGCUGCACAGGCCAUGAUCCCGAUUCUCCACGACUUACACGUCUAGUCCAGUGCACGUCUCACAUGUGCCCGAUUCGCGUUCAUUGGCACGUGAAGCUAAGCUAUAAGGAAUAUUGGCGGGUGAAAGUCACCGUAACAAACUUCAAUUACGGAAUGAAUUACACGCAGUGGAACUUAGUCGUUCAACACCCAAACUUUGAUAAUCUUACACAGAUAUUCAGCUUCGACUACAAGCCGCUAACUCCAUACCAAAACAUAAAUGAUACUGCAUUGUUGUGGGGUGUGAAAUUCUAUAAUGACUUGCUCAUGCAAGCUGGCCCACUCGGCAACGUGCAGUCCGAGCUUCUAUUCCGAAAGGACAAAUCAAGAUUCACGUUCGAAAAGGGAUGGGCUUUUCCUAGAAGAAUCUACUUCAAUGGCGAUAACUGUGUUAUCCCACCUCCCGAUUCUUAUCCCUAUCUACCAAACGCCGGUUUAAGGAAAAACAUGUCCUUUCUCACGCUAAUAAUCACUCUGUCUUUAUCAGUGUGGCUUUCCAUUUAG